GCCGGCCCUGCCCCGGACAGCGGCGGCGGCGGCGCCGGGGUGAGUCACUGCUUGGAAAUGGAGGGGGCGGGCGUGCGCGUAGCAGAAUGAAUGAUGUCAGGGAGCACCGCGGCGAGCAUGAGGCUCGCGGCAAACACGGCGGCGGCCGCAGCCCCGAACGAGCGCUGCCCGCGGCGCCCCCCGGCCGGAGCCGCCCUCCCGCGGGAGAGCCCUUCCAGCUGCGGCACUGCUGAGGCGGGGAACCUCUGCGAGAAGUGCCGUCUCCGCCGCCGCCCUUAAAGCCGGUCCCUUUCGCCAGGAGGGAGAAGAGGCUGAGGCUGGGAGAGGAGCAGAUUGCAGGGGAAGGUAGAGAUUGUGGCAAACUUUCUAGCUGCUUCUGCGUGCUGCCGCCUCACCGGUGGGAGUGUCUGCCCAUAAGGACCUGCAGAGCCCAAACCUAGGAGCCCUGAGGCUCCAAAAACGACUUCCAGCCGCCUUUGGAGGAGGAACUGCCAGCAGUGCGAGAUUUUGCUUUUACGGCUGAGUAGAUGAUUCAUCUCUAGAAGAAAGAUUGGACUUCACAAAUUCCUUUGAAAGCACAAUGGAUGCAUUUUAGAGUUCUACAGAAGUUAUCUAGGAAUAAGAACAUUGGACUUUGAGGAAUAACAGAGUUCAGAGAGCCCAGAAAUUGGUCACUAAUAAAGCCUCUUUGGCCAUACAGCUUGGAAAUGAAUACCAUUGAGACAGCAAAGCUUGAAGAGCACAUGGAGGGUCAGCCAAAUGAGACUUCUAAUGGCUACUCACGACCUACUCUCUCAGUCAGUGAAGAGAACAAAAAUGGCACUAGCGAACCAAAGGGCUUGUCUAAUAGCUUGCGAAAAAAAGCAAAGAAGUAUCCUGAUUACAUCCAGAUUGCUAUGCCUGCUGAAUCUAGGAACAAAUUUCCUCUGGAAUGGUGGAAAACAGGCAUCGCCUUUGUCUAUGCUCUCUUCAACUUGAUUUUAACAACUGUCAUGAUCACUGUGGUCCAUGAGAGAGUACCUCCAAAGGAGCUAAGCCCUCCCUUGCCUGACAAAUUUUUUGAUUACAUUGAUCGUGUGAAAUGGGCUUUUUCUGUAUCAGAAAUAAAUGGAAUGAUAUUACUUGGAUUAUGGAUAUUCCAGUGGUUGUUUCUUAGAUACAAAUCAAUAGUGGGACGCAGGUUCUUUUUUAUAAUAGGAACUUUGUAUCUGUACCGCUGUAUUACCAUGUACGUCACCACCUUACCUGUGCCUGGAAUGCAUUUUCAGUGUGCGCCCAAGUUGAACGGAGACUCUCAGGCAAAGGUUCAGAGAAUCCUGCGACUGAUUUCUGGUGGUGGUCUAUCCAUAACUGGAUCACACAUCCUGUGUGGAGACUUCCUGUUUAGUGGACACACUGUAGUAUUAACGCUGGUCUAUCUAUUCAUCAAAGAGUAUUCACCACGUCAUUUCUGGUGGUAUCACUUAAUCUGCUGGCUGAUGAGCGCUGCUGGCAUCAUUUGUAUCCUGGUUGCUCAUGAACACUACACUGUAGAUGUCAUCAUUGCCUACUAUAUCACCACACGGCUCUUCUGGUGGUACCACUCCAUGGCUAAUGAAAAGACUUUAAAGGUGUCUUCGCAGACGAAUUUUCUCUCUCGAGCAUGGUGGUAUCCAAUAUUUUAUUUCUUCGAGAAGAAUGUGCAAGGCUCUGUUCCUUGCAGUUUUUCCUGGCCAAUAUCUUGGCCUCCCAGCUGCUUCAAAUCUUCAUGCAAAAAGUAUUCACGGGUUCAGAAGACAGGAGAGGACAAUGAAAAAUCUACCUGAAGAAAAGAAGGAAAGCAUCUGCUCUGGUUUUUUCAUUUUUGAUUUUUUUUUACCAAAACAUAAAUGCUGUAACCAAAGGUCUUAAGAAGACUGUAACUGAAGAAGUGGACCAAGCUUCUGUGCAAUUGAUGGAAAGACAAUUGUAGACGCAUAUAUUGCAUUUCAGAUGUUUUCCUCUCAUCCGGCUGUACAGACCUAUUCUACUCUUCAGUGCUAAUGAAAUGCACCACUGAUGGAAUUUUUUUAUUAAAGAAAAAAAUGGAGCAGGACUGUGCUUUAUUAAUGAGAUAGAGGUGCCAAAGACCACAGUAACACUUCCAUUACUAUCACUCAUCCACAGAAGCACCCAAAAGUCUCAUCUUCAGAGCUCUGGAGUGCAUAAGGGCAAAAACAUGCUAACAUGUAAAGGCAUGAUAUUGGCAUAUUGAGGUGUAUAAAAAAAUAACACAAUUAUGGGAAGUGGUUUGUUGCAUUAUUCUUGCUAAUGAAGGUAAGGCCUUUAUGUGACUGGUACAGCUGGAAGCAAGUCUGAAUUUUUUACACACUGUGGGUAUGAAUAUCUUAGGACCCUAAAAUACUACUUACCACCAUUAACUCCCAUGUAUUCUACUAUAUACCAAUUUUUACAUUUUUAUUAGUAAUUUUCUAUUUAAAUAGCUGUGUUACCUGAUGAAUUUGCUAAUUAUAAACAGCUGCUAGCAUCAGAGCUCAAGGAGCCUAAAAUUUUAUUUUUAGUAAGAGACACAGUUUCAACAUCUGAAUCUUGAAUUACAGCUGGCCUUGUGUAUAUAGCUCUACCAGUGCCUGUCAGUGUAUAUAGAUGCAGAUAUACACAAAAGCACAUACCUUAAACAAAAUUAUUUACUGGGAAGAGUAAUCCUAGAGUUCUUGAUGUAGGCAGUUGUACAGCUCUCACCUGCUUGAGGAUUGCAAGGCCAGGUCCAAAAUGGGGCUAGAUUUAAAAUUAACAUUUUAAUUUUAGUAGCAAUCUCUUGCUGAAGCUAUGUAGCAGGUUUGCUUGGGAGCCAUGGUUCUCCAUUGAAUUUCUUUUUUUGUCUUUUACCUCUUGACAUAUGUUUCUGUGACUUACUUUAAAAAAAAAAAUACAAAACAACCAACCAAAAAUGUGCUAAGAUGAAGUA